UCCCGCUGAUGAGAAAAUGGCGUCGAUGUUCAAGAAACCGAAAAGAAAUUUUCGCCAAAGAGUCGCGACCAGCGAUUCUGAUGAAGAAAAAAAUGGCAAUCAGAUGGAAACAGUAGAUAACCUCGACCAUAUUCAAAUCCUUCCUGAGCCGAAAAAGCCUAAGGAGCAAAAGAAAGACAAAAUACCGAAAUCUUCCUCCGUGCUGAGUUUUGACCACGAAGAAGGAGAUACAACUUUUCAAUUGAAGAAAUCUAGUCACAGUAAGAAAUUAGCCAAGCAACUCAAGAAGGAAUAUGAACAAGAGAAAGAGGUGGAAAGCAAGAAAGUUGUGGUGAAAACUGAAAAACCGUCUCGGCCUUUGACACCUGAGCAGGACAAACAUGUGGUGGAAGACAGAAUUAAGAAGCUGCGAGAGGACCUGAUGACGAUGAAUGGAGACGAGGCGGCCGCCCUGGAGGACCCUGACAGUGAGGAAGAGGGAACAUUCAAGAAGAUGCUCAAAAGAGGUGAGAUCCCAGAUGCGACGACUAUUCACCAGAUUAGGAAGCAGCGUCAGAUGGCAAGAGACGCCGGCGACUUCAUGCCACUCGAUGACACUGUCAAGUAUGAGAACAGCAAAUCACGGCUAGUCAGAGAGGAUGAUAAUGACAAAAGUGAUGAUGAUGAAGAUGAGAGGAUUGACUUCACCACUAACACUGGGGCCUUAGAUAGACAGAAGAUGAGGGACAACUUCCUCCGGGCUGAACAUGGCAGUGACGAGGGUAGUGACCAGGAGAGGGAGUGGGAGGAGCAGCAGAUACGUAUGGGGGUCUCGGCCAUACAACAGGUGUCUUCAUCCAACGACCUCCUCAACAUGGACCAGGACAGCCAGUCGAUGCCUGAUGCGAUGUACAACAACGGUUACCUUGGCAUCAAGCCUUUCCCUGGCGACGCAGUCAUGGCACAAGUUCCUCGACGUUUGCCUCUCUCGGCCACUGAAAACAUUACCCUGGAUGGGCUUAUAAAACGCCUAAAAGAGAGGUUGAGCACAAUGGACGAGGUACACAGAGUUCACCGUCAGGAGGCAGACAAGCUCGAGCACGACAUGGAAGACUCAAAAGACUCAAUUGUCACUUGCGAGGCCUCCGUGCCUAGGUUGGAAGAACGCUUUAAGUUCUUCCAAGAAAUGAGGGGGUAUGUUCGCGACUUGGUUGAAUGUUUGAAUGAAAAGGUGCCCGUUAUCAAUGCGUUAGAAACGCGCAUGCACAAUGCGCUGCGCAAUCGUGCGGCCAAGUUUGCGAGUCGUCGACAACAAGAUAUACAGGACCAGUGCCACACCUACAUGACAAGUAAGGCCCCUGUGGUUGUGGACAAUGAGGACCAGGCAAGACAGAGGAGAAUUGCAGAACGAGAGGCCAGGAGGGCUAGAAGGAGACGUGCGCGUGAAGGCAAGAGCAUCAGUGGCCAUCACGAGGGCCUGUCUUCGGAUGAUGAGGAAAAUCAGUCUGAAAUUACAAAGUUUAACCAGGAAAGAGAUGAGAUCAUACAGAAGGCGGGUUAUGUGUUUGAGGACGUGGUGGACGACUUCAGUGACACAGGCUGCAUACGUGAGAGGUUUGCCUCCUGGAAGGCUGGCUAUGGGGACACAUACAGGGAGGCCUACAUAGGGCUCUGUCUGCCAAAACUUGUGAACCCCUUUGUGAGGCUCCAACUCAUAGCCUGGAAUCCACUGGAGGAGAACAGCAAGGACAUAGAAGAGAUGCCAUGGUUUGACUCCCUGCUCUUCUUUGGCUUUCAAGAGGACGAGGCGUUAGACCGGGAGGAUGACGAUGUGAAACUGUUGCCAGCCAUUGUUGAUAAGAUAAUCCUACCAAAGGUUGCAUGUUUAGUUGAGACUGCCUGGGACCCACUGUCGACUUCUCAGUCGUGUCGCCUUGUAAACCUGGUCCAGAAAAUCCUCCGAGACUAUCCCACUGUCAAUGCUAAGUCAAAAAAUGUACAGGCUCUACUUCGAGCUCUUGUUCUCAGAAUGAAGAAGGCCUUAGAUGAUGACGUGUUUAUGCCAUUGUAUCAAAAAACUGUCCUUGAGAACAGGAAUUCUGGCUCCAGUGUUUUCUUCCACCGACAGUCCUGGACAUGUAUCAAGUUGCUGGGUUCAAUCUUGUCCUGGCACAGCGUGGUGGCCACCAAGGUGCUGCAAGGCCUGGCCCUAGAUGGCCUGCUCAACCGCUACAUCAUGCUGGCCCUGCAGACUGCGCCCUUCAACCAGGAGACACUCGUCAAGUGCCAGGCGAUUGUGUCCACCCUGCCCAAGUCGUGGUUUGAGGGUCUUUCUGAUGACAAGACCAUCCCCCAGCUAGAGAACCUCUGUAGGUUCCUGGUGUAUGCAGCACAGCUGCUGGAUAAGGCUACAGAGACCGCGUCUGACACGCAGAGAAGAGAACUCAGGGACCAAAAGAAGAACAUCAACAAACUCCUUGUGAACAUUCAUGCAUUAGAACAUGCUUUAAAGUUGUCCUAGCCGGUGAAUUCAGUGGAACUGUAGAAGUGCUGCAAACUUUAAUGUUACAUUCCUUGUGCUGGAAAAUAGCUGUCUGACAUGUGUAGAAAAUCCAGCAAUGGGAUUGGUUUACAAAUAGAAUGACAGCUUCUCAUGUAUUUAAAACAUUUGAAGUGUCAUAUGCCUGGCUGGAGUAAAACCAUGGGCAGAACAUUUUACAGACCAAUGAUUACAACACACAUAGGUUUUCAAGUUUUCAUGGAUAUUAGAUUUCUUCGAUUGGAAGUUUAAGGCGACUUGUUGGCAUAAGAAGAACAAGUACUUAACAAUCGUUAAAGUGAACAUCUAAUUUAUAAGAGCCUACAUAAUUAAGUGUAUAGAUGUUUAUUUAUUGAAGGUUACAAAACCUGCAGUGACAUGACUUCAAGCUUUAGUUUACUGUUGAGCUCAUUGGGACCAAAUAAAGAGUGACAAAAUGAACCCUUUCCCACUCAGAAGCAAAGUUAAAAUGGCUAUGUCAGUCAGCAUAAAACCAGAACAGCUUGCAUGUAACUCACAGUCUGAUCAGUUGUUAUGCUGUUUGCUGCUCAUCAGUAUCUACAGGUCUAAAAAGAAGCCUUUAAAACUUAAAUCUUGUAAGAAAGGCCUUUAAUUAAAUUGAACUUUCUAAAGGACUACAAAUGUGUCAAAAUACAUGUCUAAGUGGUCAAAAUAUGUAUCAAAGUGGUCAAAAUACGUAUCUUUUUAAAGUGGUGAAGGGUUAAGAAUGUAGCUUAACUGGUGUGUUUGAAAGCUUUUAUUUCUUUAUUUCAAUAAUAAAACCUGUAGUAAAACUACUGAAUGAGUUAUAAAGCCGGAUGAUUGGUGUGGUAUGCAUCUGUCUUUAUUUGAGCAUGACAUAUGAUAUGUGUAUUACUCACAUUGCUAAGGAUAACCAAUCUAGAACUAACCUUUCUAUGGUAUCAGUCGGUGCUAAACUCACACAGAGCUAGUUUUAGUGUUUGUGUCAAAUUUCUGUAAUUGACCUGUGUCUUCUUUUUUUUUAAAAUAUUAGUACUUUUUAUAUGCCUGUGUAUAAAACGGGGUGUAUUAUGAAACAGCUGAUGUGAACUGGGGUGUAGUAUGGAACAGCUGAUGUGAACUAGGGUGUAGUAUGGAACAGCUGAUGUGAACUGGGGUGUAGUAUGGAACAGCUGAUGUGAACUGGGGUGUAGUAUGGAACAGCUGAUAUGAACUGGGGUGUAGUAUGGAACAGCUGAUAUGAACUGGGGUGUAGUAUGGAACAGCUGAUAUGAACUGGGGGUUGGCAUUAGGGAGAAUGAUGUCUGCUCAUAAAAUAAUUAACUCGAAGAGUUUAAAUUAGAUCAUCAUAAUAUUGAUUCAAAUUGUCUGAAGCACUUCUAAAUGAUGGCCCUUUAUUAGAAAAUUAUUAUUCUUGUCCACUCUCUUACUCAAAUAUGAUAAUUGUGCAACUUUGUGAUAAAGUUUGUUGGCAUAUAAUCGGGGCCAAGUUAAAAUAAACUAGCGAGAUCGCCUGAUGCUCUUGUGAUUAUGGUCUGAAUUACAAAUCAUUUGCAGAAUUGACAUUGUCCUCUCUCUAUUCUCUAUCUCAGAUAGUUUAAAUUGGAUAUUGAAGAAAAAUGGUUAACAUAUCUGUGGUGAUAUAAUAUUGGCCAAGAUUGAUAACCAGUGCCUGAUCAUGUAUGAAUUAUGGCCUGUGAAUGAUGCAUAAUUUGCCCAAAUAUUAUUGCAUCCAUGGAGUCUGCUUAGGAGCUACCUGACCAGACCAUGCUGGUAGGUCUGGAUCUACGUUGGCCGUGUAUUGUGUAAGAGCCAUUUUGAAUGACGUAGCCUAAAUUACUCACAAACUUCCCUGCAGGCAAACCUAAAGUACUCUGACACGCAUUUACACUGUUGUUCAUGAACCGUCUUGUCUGUUUAAAGCAUAUUCUAAAUUUUACUGACGUUUUUUUUGUCACACAGUCUUCUGUAUGAUGAUACAAUUAUUAUGAUUAUAAAAGAUAAUGCUUGUAAAUAAAGAAAAAUAAGAUAGAA